AUGUCGAAAUUCGGCGAUUUAGUCAAGAAUGGAUGGCACCCUGAGAAGGAGGGCAAGAAGGAGGGCACCGGACUCAGAAACCAAGUGAAAGGCCUCGUCGGCCGCGGCGACGCCAAGGAUGAUCGCAACAAGGACCACGUCUCCCGACCGCUGCACACCCUGACUGACCCGUCGUCGCUGCCGCCCCCUCCACAACGUCGCGGCACCGGCCUCGCCGCGCCCACCCCAGCGGUGUCGUCGUCGGGCGGCGAGAAGCGCAAGGUCGUCACCGCGCCGUCAAAGUACCAGGAUCCCCACGGACCGCGUGUCGAGCCGCCCGCCCGCGUAACCCGCGUGCCGGCGCAGGAGCAGGAGCAGGAAGAGGCCGAGCCAGCGCCACCCCGCCCAUACCGGACCGACACCACCGGCCUGCGGACCGACCACUUGCCGCCGCCGCCAGGAAGGAGAGACGGCGCGGACGGGAGGAGCCCGCCUCCUUACAGUGCGGCGACCACCACCCGAGCCGUGCCGGCGCUACCCGGACGGGCUGGUGCCGCGCCGAGCUUGCCGCCGAGGCUACCACCGCGCGGGGCCGCCACACCUCCCUCUACAAGCCCGCAAUCAACAGGAAGCGCCGGUAACGGCGGUGGUUCGCUGAACCAAGGCGCCGUGAGCCGCCUCGGCGCGGCCGGCGUGUCCGUGCCCGGUCUCGGCAUCGGCAAGAGCAACACGGGCGGCAGCGGCAGCGACACCAACCACCUCAACGAGCUACAAAACCGCUUCGCGCGCUUCAACACCUCGAUGACCACAGAGCCCGCCGCGGCCCCGGCGGCCAGCCAGGGCACGACGUGGGCGCAAAAACAGGCAGCGCUCAAGACGGCGUCGCAGCUGCAAAAGGACCCGUCGCAGGUGUCGCUGGCCGACGCCCGGGCCGCGGCCGGUACGGCCAACAACUUUCGGCAGCGCCACGGGGAUCAGGUCGCGGCCGGGUACGGCAAGGCGCAGGCGUGGAACCAAAAGUACGGCGUGGCGGACAAGGUUGGGGGGUUCGCGCAAAAGGUCCAGGGAGGAGGAGGGGGAGGAGGAGGAGCGAAUGGGGGGCAGGAGUCGGAUACGGGCGCGGCCAAGAAGAAGCCGCCGCCGCCGCCGCCGCCCAAGAAGAAGCCGGGGCUGGCGGGGUCACCAACGGCGGAGGAUGACGCGCCGCCUCCUAUUCCCUUGUCGACACGGCCAAACUUUUAG